GGAUCCGCCAAAAGCGAACCAAUAGUCGGCGGAACUACAACGCUGAUUUCCUCAAGUUAAUUAAAUAAUAAUUAUAUAAGUGAUCCUUUGGAAAAAUGCAGUCCAAACUGUGCGUGGUCCUUUUGGCCCUCGGUCUGAGCCAAAUCCUGGCCGUGCCGGCUCCUUCGCUGGUGCUCACUCACCCAGAGACGAACUUUAUGCAGUUCUUGAUGCAGUCCCGCGACUUGGCCAAUGAUGGCACCCACUCCCUGGAGUGCCUCAGCUACUAUACCCCGCUGCUGAACAGUGCUGUGGAGAAGUACAACAACGACUUCAAGGCCUGCCUGGACGAGGCCACUCUGCAGGUAGCGGCCAUCAACGAUGACACUAAGGAGAACCGCACCCUGAUCGACCAGUCGGCCACGGACUCCUGCGCGGCUCUUGAGACCUGCAGCCAGCUGACCGCCGCCGAUGAGUACUUCGAGUGCUACUCCGAAGCGGGCUCCAGCAAUGCCAAGUCCAUGUUCACCAUCUCGGCCAAUGCCUCUGAGCUGCUGGCCUACGUCAAGGAGCAGGUGCAUAUCAUCCAGGUGAACGAGUACAUUUGCACCAACAAGACCCAGAGAACCUAUGCCGAGGACACCGCCGACAUCUACGAAUCGCUAAGUCUGUGCUUCUCCGGUGCUCCCAUUCCCACGGAGACUAGCUCAACGGCUGCUCCCGAAACCUCCUCAUCUCUGGAUCCGGAGUCCUCGACUGACUCCUCAUCCUCUGAGCCUGAAUCUUCUAGCACCGCUGAGCCAGAGUCUUCUUCCACUGAUUCUUCAUCUGCCGAGCCAGAGUCUUCCAGCUCUGCUGCUCCUGAAUCUUCCACUGAUUCCUCGAGUGUUGAGCCGGAGUCUUCAAGCACCGCUGCUCCUGAAUCCUCCACUGAUUCUUCAUCCGCUGAGCCGGAGUCUUCAAGCUCCGCUGCUCCUGAGGAUUCUUCAUCCGCUGAGCCAGAGUCUUCAAGCUCCGCUGCUCCUGAAGAUUCUUCAUCCGCUGAGCCAGAGUCUUCAAGCACCGCUGCUCCUGAGGAUUCAUCAUCCGCUGAGCCAGAGUCUUCAAGCUCUGCUGCUCCUGAGGAUUCUUCAUCCGCUGAACCAGAAUCCUCCUCUGCUGCUCCUGAAUCCUCCACCGCCGAACCAGAGUCCUCCAGCUCCGCUGCUCCCGACGCUCCCGAGGAGGACUUGAAGCAGAUUUAUACCGGAAACAGCAACAAGAACCUUCAGGAUAUUCUGAAGAAUCUGCAGACUUGGUUCAAAACUCAACGAGCCUAGAGUCUAUUAUUUAAACAUAUAAACGAAGCAACAAUAAAAAAUAAAUAUAUA